UCUGAGGCGCAGAGGCCGCCGCCAUGGGCCUCCUGCAGCUGUUGGAGGUGGAGAACUUCAAGUCCUGGCGAGGCCGCCAGAUGAUCGGCCCCUUCCGAAGGUUUACCUGUAUCAUUGGCCCCAAUGGCUCCGGGAAAUCUAAUGUGAUGGAUGCACUUAGUUUUGUAAUGGGAGAGAAACCAUCUACUUUGAGAGUGAAAAAUAUUCAGGAACUUAUUCAUGGAGCACAUAUUGGAAAACCUGUUUCAUCUUCUGCAAGUGUAAAAAUUGUUUAUGUGGAGGAAAGUGAAGAAGAGAAGACAUUUGCAAGGAUUAUUCGAGGAGGAUGCUCAGAAUAUCGGUUUAAUGAUAAUCUUGUGAGUCGUUCUGUUUACAUAUCAGAAUUGGAAAAGAUAGGCAUAAUAGUCAAAGCACAAAACUGUCUAGUUUUUCAGGGGACUGUAGAGUCAAUUUCAAUGAAAAAACCUAAAGAAAGAACCCAGUUUUUUGAGGAAAUCAGCACUUCAGGAGAACUUAUAGGAGAAUAUGAAGACAAGAAAAGAAAGCUACAGAAAGCUGAAGAGGAUGCACAGUUUAAUUUCAAUAAGAAAAAAAAUGUAGCUGCAGAGCGCAAACAUGCAAAAUUAGAGAAAGAAGAGGCAGAACGUUAUCAAAGUCUCCUUGAAGAGCUGAAAGUAAAAAAAAUACAACUGCAGCUUUUCCAACUAUAUCAUAAUGAGAAAAAAAUUGAUUUUCUGAACACUGAGUUAGAGCAUGUACAUAGGGACUUAAAUGUCAGAAAAGAGUCCCUUAUUCAUCAUGAAGACAUCAUUAAAGCCAAGAAAAAGGAAAAUGGAGUGCUAACCAGACAACUACAACAAACAGAAAAAGAAUUAAAAUCUAUCGAAGCACUUUUAAAUCAGAAGAGGCCUCAGUAUAUUAAAGCCAAAGAGAAUACUUCUUACCACUUCAAGAAGUUAGAUAUGACUAAGAAAUCAAUGAAGGACAGUGAAAAGCAAUGUUCUAAACAAGAAGAAGAUAUCAAAGCCCUGGAAACAGAGCUGGCUGAUUUAGAUGGUGCAUGGAGAAGUUUUGAAAAGCAAACUGAGGAAGAACUUUUAUAUAAAGGAAAAGACAUUGAACUAGAAGCCAGUCAGAUGGAACAUUAUAAAGAACUUAAGGAGCAAGUUAGAAAGAAAGUGGCUUUAAUGAACCAGCAACUAGAAAAGCUACAGUGGGAACAGAAGGCUGAUGAAGAAAGACUGGCAUUUGAAAAGAGAAGGCAUGGAGAAGUGAAGGAAAAUCUGAAACAAAUAAAAGAACAAAUAGAAGAUCAUAAAAAGAGAAUAGAGAAGUUGGAGGAGUAUACAGAAUCAUGCAUGGAUUGUUUGAAAGAGAAAAAACAGCAAGAGGAAACCCUAGUGGAUGAAAUUAAGAAAACAAAAUCAAGAAUGUCUGAAGUUAAUGAAGAGUUGAACCUUCUUAGAAGUGAAUUGCAGAAUGCUGGGAUUGAUCAUCACGAGGGCAAACGUCAGCAAAAGAGAGCAGAGGUUCUGGAAAACCUUAAAAGACUUUACCCAGACUCAGUGUUUGGACGGCUGCUUGACCUGUGUCAUCCGAUCCAUAAGAAAUACCAGCUGGCUGUUACUAAACUUUUUGGCCGGUACAUGGUUGCCAUUGUUGUAUCUUCUGAAAAGGUAGCAAGAGAUUGCAUUCGACUUCUGAAGGAAGAAAGAGCUGAACCUGAAACAUUUCUGGCUCUGGAUUACCUUGAUAUCAAGCCAAUCAAUGAAAGAUUGAGGGAGAUUAAAGGCUGUAAAAUGAUGAUUGAUGUCAUAAAGACUCAGUUCCCUCAGCUGAAGAAAGUAAUUCAGUUUGUGUGUGGAAAUGGCCUUGUUUGUGAGACUGUGGAAGAAGCAAGGCAUGUCGCAUUCAAUGGACCCGAAAGGAGGAAAACAGUAGCUCUUGAUGGAACAUUGUUUUUAAAAUCUGGAGUGAUCUCUGGAGGAUCAAGUGAUUUAAAAUACAAAGCUCGAUGCUGGGAUGAGAAAGAAUUGAAAAAUUUAAGGGACAGAAGAAGCCAGCUAAUCCAAGAAUUAAAGGAUUUAAUGAUAGCACUCCGCAAAGAAACAGAGUUGAAACAAAUACAGGCUCUAGUACAAGGAACUCACACACGACUCAAAUACUCACAAAAUGAACUAGAGAUUAUUAAAAAGAAGCACCUUGCUGCUUUUUAUCGGGAACAAUCUCAGCUACAAAGUGAACAAUUAAAUACUGAGUCACAGUGUCUUAUGCUGAGUGAAGGAAUCAAAGAACGACAACAAAGAAUCAAAGCACUUCAGGAAAGGAUAAAUAAGGUUGAGGAUGAGAUUUUCCAACACUUCUGUGAAGAAAUCGGUGUGGAAAAUAUUCGUGAAUUUGAGAAAAAACAUGUGAAACAGCAACAAGAAAUUGAUCAAAAAAGAUUAGAAUUUGAGAAACAGAAAACUCUGCUUAAUACUCAACUUGAAUAUAGUAACAAUCAGCUGAAGAAGAAAUUAAGUAAGAUCAGCAUAUUGAAAGAAACUAUCCAGAAAAUUGGAGAAGACAUUGAUAACCUAAAGAAGGUAGAAGAAAAUUGCCUGCAGGUGGUAGAUGAACUCAUGGCAAAGCGGCAACAACUUAAGGACACGUUUGCUGCUCAGAAUUCUGACAUUGAGAAAAUUCAAGUUCAAAUUGAAGAGGAACGGAAGAAGCUUUUGGCUGUUGAUAAGGAAGUAGGAAAAUGGCAAAAGGAAGUUAUAAUCCUUCAAAGUUCUCUGGAACAGAAGCGGCUUGAGAAGCAUAACAUGCUUCUUGAUUGCAAAGUUCAAGAUAUUGAAAUAGUUCUCUUGUUGGGGUCAUUGGAUGACAUCAUCGAAGUGGAGCUGGGAACUGAAACAGAAAGCACUCAAGCAGCAACUGACAUCUAUGAAGAAGAAGAAGUGAUUCAGAUAGACUACAGCUCUCUAAGGGAAGACUUGAAGGCUCUAACAUCUGAUAAAGAAGUCGAGAGCCACCUUAGUCUCCUGCUGCAACACCUAGCAUCCCAGGAAGACGUCAUGUUGAAAACAGCAGCCCCAAACCUCAGAGCCCUGGAAAACCUGAAGACUGUUAGAGACAAGUUUCAAGAGUCAACAGAUGCUUUUGAGGCCAGCAGAAAGGAAGCCAGAAUGUGUAGGCAAGAGUUUGAACAGGUGAAAAAAAGGAGAUACGAUCUUUUCAGCCAGUGUUUUGAGCACGUCUCAAUCUCAAUUGAUCCGAUCUACAAGAAGCUCUGCAGAAACAACAGUGCCCAGGCAUUUCUUAGCCCUGAGAACCCAGAAGAGCCUUACUUGGAGGGAAUUAGCUAUAACUGUGUAGCCCCAGGCAAACGAUUCAUGCCUAUGGACAAUUUGUCUGGGGGAGAAAAGUGUGUGGCAGCUUUGGCUCUCCUCUUUGCUGUGCACAGUUUCCGGCCUGCUCCAUUCUUUGUUUUAGAUGAAGUGGAUGCAGCCCUGGACAACACUAACAUUGGCAAAGUAUCAAGCUAUGUGAAAGAGCAGACUCGACAGCACUGUCAGAUGAUAAUCAUCUCUCUAAAAGAGGAGUUCUAUUCCAGAGCUGAUGCGCUGAUAGGCAUCUACCCUGAGCAAGACGACUGUAUGUUCAGCCGUGUUCUGACCUUGGACCUUUCUCAGUAUCCAGACACUGAAGACCAAGAGAGCAACAAGAGACACAGAAAGUCCCAUUAGGACUGAUUGGCCUACAUAGCUGCCGGCCAAGAGGACAGGCCCAGGGUCGGGUCACCACCACUGGGUUCUCUCAGUUCCAAGCAACUGUUUAAUGACAAGCCUCUGGGGAAAAUAGGACAGCCUGGAUGCCAUUUAAGAAAAAGCUUAGUUGUUAUAGCCAAAGAUACCAGUUUUCUGUGAAAGGCAGCUUUGAAAUGAGUAAAAAAGAAAAAAAAAAAAAAAAAGAACGAAAGUCACAAUUUUGUGCCAUAGUUUUCAGUUCCAUUUAGAAAAACCUCAAUUCUCUAUCAGUAUUACUCUGCUCUUAUGUGUUUGGCUAAUCUUUAUGAGAAGCCCUUGGUUCCUAAUUAAAGUUAGUUUUACAGUGUUGAACCUGAAUUUGAACUGUUAGCAAUAAAGAUAAUGAAAAUAUCAAUAAGACUUA